UGCGGACUCUUAAGGGAUAAACUACAGGGAUAAAGCCUCUCUCUGACCAGCUUCUCUGAGUUAAGACAGAAGAAUAACCAGAAAGGGAAAGGGAAGAAGACGGACAACUUGUGGAGAUUCAUCACUUCUCAAAAAGGGGAAAAGCAAGCACUAAGUCCUCCAGGUGACCAAAAACCCUCUUCUAAUCCUGGAAGCAGCAUGGAUACGCAGUUUGUCUACGACCUUUUAGGGGAAAAUGCUUGGUUGUACAUCAGUGCUACCUUCGUGGUGUUGUGGAUUAUCGUGUGGCUGUACAGAGACAGCCUGGAGAUUGAGGACAUCAAUGACAAGUAUGUCUUUGUGACUGGCUGCGACUCGGGGUUUGGAAACCUGCUGUGUAAGAAGCUCGAUCGUAAAGGUUUCCGUGUGCUGGCUGGCUGUCUCACAGAAAAGGGAGCUGAUGAACUGAAGAGGGUGGCGGGGCCUUAUUUGAAGACUGUCCUGCUGGAUGUGACCAAUCAGGACAGCAUCCAGGAAGCCAUGGAGUGGACCAAGAAGGAGGUUGGCGAUAAGGGACUUUGGGGUAUUGUGAACAACGCUGGACGCUCAUUACCCAUGGGUCCUUCAGAAUGGAUGAAAGUGGAGGAUUUCCACAGCACCCUGAAAGUCAAUAUGAACGGAGUGAUUGCCAUGACAAUGACUUUCCUGCCCCUCAUCAAAAAGGCUCGCGGCCGUAUUGUAAAUGUAGCAUCAGUGCUGGGCAGGGUGGCUGCAAACGGUGGUGGAUACUGCAUCUCCAAGUUUGCAGUGGAGUCUUUCUCUGACUGCCUCAGGAGAGAUAUAAACUACUUUGGAGUCAAUGUGUGCAUCAUUGAGCCGGGGUUUUUCAAGACUGCAGUGACGAGCCUCGAACCUCUCGAGAGGGAGCUGCAUCGCCUGUGGAACCAGCUCAGCCCUGAAGUACAAGCCAGCUAUGGAGACAAGUACCUUGAUAAUUACAUCAAGGUCCAGCGUUUGAUCAUGAAUGCGAUCUGCGACUCUGAUCUCACAAAGGUGACCAGCUGCAUGGAGCACGCUGUGUCUGCUGCCUACCCACGAGCUAGAUACAGCGCCGGCUGGGAUGCCAAACUUAUCUGGAUCCCCCUCUCUUACAUGCCUUCCUGUGUAGUUGAUAUUGGGCUGAAGCUGGUGCUGCCCCGCCCUUCAAAGAGCGUGUAACUCAUGAUAACUGAAGAAAUGUCUUCAAAGUUAUCAGCCUUUUUUUGUCAUUCUGUCAUUUUGAAGCAGGCUGACUUAAAGAAAUUAAUCUUUUGCUUUUCAAAAUACCCAUAUUCCUUAUCUACACUGGCCAUGCAAUGAUCUGAUGUUGCAGUUAUUAUCAUAUUUAUGUGCAUAAUCUGCCAUGUAAAAGUAUUUUUUUCCUACCUAAUGUGUGCUUGAGACAUUUAGACAUUAUGAAAGAAACUAAUGAAACUGCAUUGUAUAAUUUACCGUUUAAUUAUUGUUUUGUUUGUUAACACUAUGCUGUGCCUUUUGGCACUGUUAUUUAUGGUCCUUGAUAUGGAUGCUGAUAAUCAUCAGAGGCUAAAUAAACAGGUUUGUUUUUUACCUGCA